AUGGCGGCAAAAUUUGUUUUUCCUUCGUACACCAAAAUCGUCUUGACACCUCGACAGUUUUCGAAAAACGUGCCGUUUAUUACAAAGAAGUUAUUUCUUAAUUCAAGAAGAAACAGAUCUACAUCAAAUUUUUCGUAUCCUCUUUCAGAAACUUUAGAGAAAGUCAAGGAAUCACUGGCCUCGAUUGCCAAUGACAAACUCCCAAGGAAAACCACUAGCGUGUUUGUAGGAACAGGGCAAUACUACGAUCAUGAGACCAACGAAAGAAUAGUUGUAAUAUCUCUUGGAGAAAAUGGAAACUUAGAGCUACCGAUUGUCCUUCACGAUACCUCCCUUCCUCGCGGUGAAGUUGAUAAACUGGAGAAGAAACUGAACUCUUUGUCAGAGGUGGGUUCCGUUCAUUCUGGCGAGUUAGACAGCGUGCAAGACUCUCCCUGGAAAUUUGGAUUUGCUUGUAAACCUUCGUUUUCUAUCUUCUCGACCUCUGGAUUUUGCUGUCAAUUUCAACAUUCAAGUGUAGAAGGAGAGUGCUUUAGAAUCUUUGAUGAACAUAUGCAUUUGCAUGAAGAUGUACCUCUUUCAGAGAUAGAGCAUAUCCAAGUUUCGCUGUCUCCAGAGCCAUGGGAGGAGAGGAAACUACAACUCAAAAUGAAGAAUGGAGAUUUAAUUAGUGUUCUGGAAGACUAUGAAGAGAACAUCUCCAAUGAAAAUGGUUUGGCUUCCCUGAUGCUAACCACUGAAUGGAUGGUGAAGGCUGCUGGACAUAUGUGUGUAACAGCCAGACAGUUUGGAGCCACCACAGUUUCUCUCAAACUUCCUUCUGUACUUAGAGCUGAUGUCAAUCCAUGGGUGGCAAUGAGAAACAAGAUCUGGGCAGAGAAAAACAGUGAGAGUUGAGAACAGGAGGAAUGGGCUCCAUUGACAAACACAGGGCACAAACUGUAAUAUCCAAGACAAAAAAUACAUGAAGAUAUCACCAUCAAAGGAAGCUGUGUGAUCUAUACCAAAAGUUUUCUAACUGGAGAUGCUGAGUGAGUAGCUUUUGAGACUUUGUCUUAUUUUUAUCUGAUAUAAAUUUAUGCUCUGGUUAUCCUAUAGACUGUGGUUUAUAUUCCACUUCCAUUGAAAUGUUUUCCUCUUGUUAUUACCAAUAGGUUAGUAUUUUGGUUAGUAUUGAAAAUUUGAACAACUUCUCCCUGUGCAUGCAACUACUAUCUUGAAUAUUCCUCUGAUUUUUGUCAUACUACGCAGUUUAAGUGAAUGAUAUAUAUUGUAAAUUGCCAUUUGAAGUGAAGUAAAAGUCUUACCACAUUUUCACUUUACGCACCUGUACACACUUGUACAUAAAGAGCAUUACUUGCAAAAGGGGAAGAUAAUUGAAAUGGGUGUUAGAAAUGUUUAUCAUGUUUAUCACAUGUACUUUGCACCUCCAAUCAGUUGAUUUUACACAUAAUAUAUAGUGACUAUACAAAUAUGCUGAGUAUGCAAAUUACUAUGUAAAUGAAAUCAUUCAUUAAUUUGCUAGCAGUUGGUAAUUUUGAGAUUACUGCAAAAUGAAAAUUUAUUUUACGCUAAGAAUAAACUUCUUUGUUUUAUUGAUAGACAUGAAUUU